AUGUCCCGUCUCGCCCCACCCCAAGACAACCCGUCCCUGCGAACCCGUCGUCUCUCGUCCGUCUCGGAAUUCCCCAACCCGCAUCAACGCCAAGGCGCAGGACCGGGCCUGAACCCGUUCCCCGGUCGACCGUCCGGACGUCAACACGGCUCCAAUCGUCCACCAGCCUCUUCCGCCUCGUCAAGUCUCGGUCCCGGACCGCGCGACCAACCCAACACAGGUGGUCCGCGCGCGCAAUCGAACGUCGGUGCCAAACUAUUGAAGAAGCGCCAGUCGGUCAGUUAUCCGAACCAUCAUCAUGGCCAGAUUUAUGCGGUCGGUGCAAGGGGAAUCGGACCCGGGGAGGUCGUUCCUGCGUUGCCGACUUUACCGCAAGGGAUGAUGUUGCCUACUGGAGCGGGGCAGGCGGCGGUGGUCGGAAGUGGGGGGAGAUCGGGUCCGAAUCAGAUGAUGCCGAGUUCGUUGAUCCCGGGAGGAGGUUUGGUAGGUGGGACAGCACCAUCACAUGAUGGAACUCUCCCCGAUCCUUCAUCGAGAACACCCUCUCCUUCGAAUUCGAAGACGCAGGCUCAGAGGAAAGGGACCGUCAAUGAGGGGUUGGCCGUGGAUUUCGAGACGGAACAGAGGUUGGCGAUGACGGGCUUGGACAUUGACUCGUUCGCUUCCGAGAGGUUCAAGCCCGAGGAAUGUGAGUCGUCCUUUUUUCGUGCGGUCUACGAGUGUGUGUUCUUUUGUAGUGGGACUGGGUCGUCUGAUCUUGAGGUGGCGUUUGAUCCUAUAGUUCUCAAGAUGAACUUGGAUGGCUCGAACGAGACGGACGAGACGGACGAGUUGAGAGCGCUCAAGGCCCAACUCGAAGGAGCGAUGGAGAUCACCGAAACCGAAUUGCAAAAGAGUGUAUUCAAGUCAGUCCUGGGGCACGCCUCCUUGAUAUCGAAUCAAACGCAAGGUAUUGACCUAGUUACCACCGACCAACAGGAAUUAUGCCGAUUUCGUCGUCAUCUCCAAGGAGAUUGCGACGUUGGAGAAUGAGAUGCUCGAACUCAAGUCGGUGUUGGAGGAAUGGAGGGCCGUGCCCGAGUCGCUGGAGGGAGGGUGGGGGGAGGAUGAUUUGCUUAUGGGUGAGGAAGGCGACCUGUUUCUGCACUGGCGAAUUGGUGCAAAAAAAGAAGCUGAUCUGGGGCGUUGUUGCUUGCUCACAGGCUCCGGUUCGGCCAGCCGUCGCAACCAACGCAACUCGCUCGCCGACUUGGCAACCUUGUACAAAUCCCAACUCGCCGCCUUAUGGGAAGGCGUAGAAGGUUCCCAGAAACUCCUUCCCUACACCCCAGGACGACACAUCAUCACCGAAACGACCUCGUUCGUCGAACUCAAUUCAGCGACGUACAAACCCAAACAGUCGGUGCAUUUGUUCUUGUUGAACGAUGCGAUGUUGGUCAGUGUGAAAAAGAGGAGGGGCACGGGUGUAGGGGGUCCGACGAGGUUGGUUGCGGAGAGGUGCUUCAGCUUGAGUGAGAUUGUGGUGGUGGAUCUAAAGGAUGGAGGCGGUGAGUUGGUUCUGUCUCGAAUUGGAAUGGGGAAUGGCCAUGAACGCAUUCGCUGAUCUCCUGGAAGUUGCUAUCAGACCUAACGAACGCGGUAAAGAUCAAACGCGGUAAAGAGACCGUCAUCUUCCGAACAGACAAGACCGAGGAUAAGAAGGUCCUGUUGAUGGCGUUCAAAAAAGUCGCGGAGGAGUUGAUGAACAAGAAGAGGAAGGAGAUGCUCAGUGAGGCCGAAGCGAGGAAAGGGGAUGUGAGUUGCUUGUUUGGGGUCGUCGAGAUACUAGAAUCAGAGAGCUGACCGUAAAGCAAUGUCAUAGUUUUCAUCGACUCUUCGAGGCGGUGCUCGAUCGGGCUACGACAGCGGUCUCACCUCGAACGGCUUCAGUCCCGCCCAAGCCCUCGGCCUCGGAUCCGGCGAUUCGACGGGUAAGGACCUCGCCUGGAUCGGUGAUUUCUCCGACGAAGUAUCCGUCGCAAUCGCCGCCCGAAUGUUCGAAGAAGCGACCUCCUUCAUCGAGAAAGGAAAGGGCGUCAUCCCUCAUCUUACAGGGGAUCCGCAUGCUUCAGCGGUGUUCCGAGCGAAAUUGGAUGCCCGGACGACGGAACUCGUCACCGCGCUUUUGAAUGAUCUUUCCGAUUCGUCAAUACGGAAAUUAGGUGUCGUUCGAACGACGUCCUGGCUCCUUCGUUUGAGCCAAGGUGAACGAGCACGCGAGACGUUCCUCACCGCUCGUGGAGUCUCCGUGCGCAAACGAGCGCGACAAAUCAAAUUCGAGGGAGACAUCUCGAUGUACAUUUCCGAAUUGGCCAUGGUUACCUUCACCAUGAUCAAGAACACGUGUGAAUGGUACAUGGCUGCGUUCAAGGAUAACCGUAUGGCGUCGGGCUUUGUGAGGUGGGCCAGUGAACAGGUCGAGAUUUUUGCCGAGACGUUCAGGAGACAGGUUUAUGGGGUUGAUCAGGAUGGCAAGGUGAUCCAGGAGAGUUUGGAGGUGACGCAGGCGCAUGGGGCGAUGGUACGUUCUGUUUUCGUAGUCUCUGUUCAGGGAGUUCAGGGAACUGAUUCCUUCAUCUUGGCAUCGCCCCCGCAGCUGCGAGACGUAGGCCUCGACUUCACUUUCCUACUCGAUGGACUCUUGCGCUCAACCGAAGAAGGUCCCAACGACCCCUCCGGAACCGGCGGACCCCUCCGGCCCGGUCCUCGUCGAAAGCCAAGUGGGAAUAAGAAAUCCCACGUCGCGAUGGCGAGGCAGAGCAUCUUCUUGAUGCAGAGUACAGGUAGCGCUGGGGGAGGGGGAGGGGGAAAAGAAGGGAGGGCGGGUUCGGAGUUGGGUAUUCCGGCGGAGUUGAUGAGUACUUGA